AUGGAUAAUUGGAGUCAGCUUCAAUCAGCAAACUCCACUGACGUCAACCUUGGUCACUCACACAAUCCUCAUGCCAAGCCAUCAGACUUUGAAAUCCUGGCUAUAAUUGGGAAAGGAACAUUUGGGAAGGUUCUUCUUGCCAAACUGAAAUCCGACAACAAGUUCUAUGCUGUGAAAGUGCUUCAGAAAAAAAUCGUACUGAAGAAAAAAGAGCAAAAGAACAUCAUGGCAGAGAGGAAUGUGCUGCUCAAGAGUAUGAAACAUCCCUUCCUGGUAGGGCUCCACUACUCGUUCCAGACCCCAGAGAAGCUCUACUUUGUCAUGGAUUACGUCAAUGGAGGAGAGCUUUUCUAUCACCUUCAGCGAGAGCACUGCUUCUCAGAGCCACGGGCUCGCUUCUACACGGCUGAGUUGGCCAGUGCCAUCGGCUACUUACACUCACACAACAUUGUUUACAGAGACUUGAAGCCCGAGAAUGUCCUGCUAGACUCCGAGGGCCAUGUUGUGUUGACUGACUUUGGCUUGUGUAAAGAGGGGAUAGACCCGGAGUCCACCACCUCCACUUUCUGUGGAACCCCAGAGUAUUUGUCUCCGGAGGUGUUGAAACAGCAGCCCUAUGACCACACGGUAGACUGGUGGUGUCUGGGAACUGUACUUUAUGAGAUGAUAUAUGGGCUGCCCCCCUUCUAUAGCCAGGAUAUGUCUGAGAUGUAUGACAACAUCCUCCACAGGCCCUUGAGUCUGCCAGGGGGGGCCAGCUCUGUGGCGUGUGACCUGCUGAUGGGCCUCCUACAGAAAGACCAUCAUCGCAGGUUGGGUGCUAUCGCAGACUUUCUCGAAGUUAAAAACCAUACUUUUUUCUCGCCGAUAAACUGGGAUGACCUUUACCAUCGGAGAAUCAAACCUCCAUACAACCCCAACGUGAAAGGCCCAGCAGACAUGCAGCAUAUUGAUCCAGAGUUCACCAAAGAGAUGGUGUCAGGCUCUGUGGGGGUUACCCCUGAAUUCUCCAACUUAUCAACCAGCAGCCCAAAUGCUUUCACUGGCUUCUCCUAUGUCUCCAGUGAUGACAACUUCCUCUAGUGUAGGACAUUCAGAUUCUACAUUGCUGCCACCCAAAAGAGACCAAACUUCUCCCGCCCACUUUGUUAAAAUGCACCCC